UGUUGUAACGGUGGAGGUAAACAUGGCCGCCCUCGGACCUCUGUCAAGAAUAACCCGGCUUGGAUGCAACUUCUGUCGGAACCACCGUUUGAUGUUUAACAGAAACUCUCAGAAACGAGGAAUAGCUUCGUGUAUUGACCCUUCAUAUGGACUCACAGACGAGCAGAAGGAGUUUCAGAAAGUGGCCUUUGACUUUGCAGCCAAUGAAAUGGCUCCACACAUGGCAGAGUGGGACCAAAAGGAAGUCUUCCCAGUGGAGACGAUGCGGAAAGCGGCCCAGUUAGGGUUCGGUGGGAUCUACACUCGGCCGGAGGUCGGGGGGUCGGGCCUCUCUCGUCUGGACACGUCCAUCAUUUUUGAGGCCCUGUCCACAGGAUGUGUUAGCACCACAGCUUACAUUAGCAUCCACAACAUGUGUGCCUGGAUGAUUGACACCUUUGGGAAUGACGAGCAGAGGGAGAGCUUCUGUCCUGACCUCUGCUCCAUGGAAAAGUUUGCAUCCUACUGUCUGACUGAACCAGGCAGUGGCAGCGACGCCGCUUCACUCCUCACAUCCGCUCAGCGGAAAGGGGACCAUUAUGUCUUAAAUGGCUCCAAGGCGUUUAUCAGUGGGGGAGGAGACACCGACGUGUAUGUUGUGAUGUGCAGAACGGGAGGCAAGGGGGCUAAAGGAAUCUCAUGUUUGGUGGUGGAGAAGGGAACACCAGGCCUCAGUUUUGGCAAGAAGGAGAGAAAGGUAGGCUGGAACUCUCAGCCAACCAGGGCCGUGAUAUUCGAGGACUGUGCCGUCCCGGCGACCAACCGGCUGGGCGAGGAAGGACAGGGCUUCAACAUCGCGAUGAAGGGCCUGAAUGGAGGCAGGAUUAAUAUCGCUUCCUGUUCCCUGGGAGCAGCGCACGCCUCCGUGCUGCUUGCGAAGGAUCACCUGUUGGUGCGGAAGCAGUUUGGCGAAACGCUCGCCAACAACCAAUUUCUGCAGUUCAAACUGGCAGAAAUGGCCACCAAGCUGGUGGCGUCUCGCCUGCUGGUGCGCGAGGCCGCCACGGCGCUGCAGGAGGACCGAGCCGACGCCGUUUCACUCUGCUCCAUGGCCAAGCUUUUCGUUACGGACGAGUGCUUCAACGUCUGCAACCAGGCGCUCCAGAUGCACGGUGGCUACGGUUACCUAAAGGAUUACGCAGUGCAGCAGUUUGUGCGGGACAUCCGAGUCCAUCAGAUUCUUGAGGGAACCAACGAGGUGAUGAGGAUGAUUAUUUCUCGAAACCUACUCACAGAGUCGUGAUAAAUCUGUUCCUCCCCCGUCCAGACGAACGGUGGACCGCGUAGUUGUGGUCUUGAUUUAUUGCGACGGCGUGGCCGGUCCUGAUCACACUUCUUCCAGUUUUGACAGAAAUUAUCAGAGAGGUCGGUGUAAAUGAGAUGUUAUUUUUGAGGUAAAGCGUCAGAUUAUUUGCUGAGUUAGGAGCUGUGACAGGGCUCUUAAAGUGGAAAUCAAGAUUAUCCUCUAGUGCAAAGUGCAGCACCUUAUCGGCAACUGCACAGGUUUUCAUGUAUCAAAGUCUACAAUCAUAGCUCAUUAAAACUAAAAUAUUGGCCACAUAAAUGUUUUUCUGAUUUAUCUGCCUAAGUAAAAAAAAAAAAAAACCAAAAAAAACAACUGGUCUCCUGCUCAGUUCUUGCAACGUAAUAGACAGAUAUAAUGGUAGUUUAAGGUCAAGGUUUCAUUUCCAGAACACUCCUCUUACACUGCAAAAACACAAAGUCCUACCAAGUAGUUUUGUCUUGCAAAUAUCUUCGUACAAUUAAAAUAAGCCAAAACUAACUUACAAGUAACUUUUCUUCAAAGAGCUUCUUCUAAGUCAACGAUCCCUUAAAAUUGAUAAGAACAAGUUCUAGUUUCACUGGGAGAUUAUUUCACUUAUAACAAGAUAGAAGUAAAAAAUCCACCAGUCUUACUGGUACUUU